AUGUACCACCCCACGAGAGGCGGCGUCCGCGGCGGCAGAGAUCAAUUCAAAUGGGACGAUGUGAAGGUUGACAAGCAUCGAGAGAAUUACCUUGGUCAUAGUGUUAAGGCUCCGGUUGGUAGAUGGCAGAAAGGAAAGGACCUUUUCUGGUAUACUCGGGAUAAGAAAUCUGACACGGAAGAUGCUCUGAAGGAAGAAAUCAGGAGAGUGAAGGAAGAGGAGGAACAGGCUAUGCGUGAGGCUCUUGGCUUAGCUCCUAAGCGCAGCAAUCGACCUAAGGGCAAUCGCUUGGAUAAGCAUGAAUAUGCUGAGCUGAUUAAGAGAGGAUCAACUGCAGAGGACUUGGGAGCAGGGCAUGCUGAAGCAGCACAAGUGCAGGGUCUAGGAUUGUACAAGGCCCAUCGCGAUGAGGGCGAGUCGAGUUCUUUGAACCUUGAUCCUCCUCAAAUGGAGCCUGAGCAGACUGACCUCCCACCAGCACCCAAUCAGGAGGAUUCGGAAGAUGAUAGGAAGGGGAAAAGGCGGCGUGAACGUGACGAGAGGAGAGGGGAGAAGGAGCGAAAACGAGAUAAGCAUGGUGAUGGAAAGGAGAGGAGGCGAGACAAGCAUGAGAGGAGGCAUGACUCUGAGGACAGGUCAAAGCGGCACUGCAAAGACAAGCAGAAGAGGAAGCAUGAUUCUGAUUCUGAUUGA